AGGUAUUUUUUACGAGCAUUUGGCGUGAUUAGAACAUUCUACAAAGUGCAAUCAAACAGGAAUAAAGCCACGUGAAUCGAUUACUUUAUAUUCUUCCUCGUCGCAUUACAAAGUGAUAGAUAUUAGGUAGGUCGAAAAAGUUUGAGAAACAUUGGCAUGCACAGCCUGUUUUAAUGAAUCAGGCCGUUUGAGGAAAAUAUAACAAGGGGGAAUACCUCACUUUACCACAACACUAUUGUGAUUUGUGCCCGAAUAGUUGGUUCCAGUUAGAGAUAAUGAAUGAGCAAUGUGACUACGGCACCUUAUUUAAUCAAGAAACAACCGAACAGGAAAAUAUUUCUAUCUUCUUGACGUAAUUGGCCCCAUACCAAACCCACUCUACUCGUAAACGGUAUCACGCAGAUGCAUGAUCGCGAGCGAGCGAAGACAAUAGAACAGAGGGAGAGAACGCGAAGGUAAACUUGCGAGAUAGUAGAAGGGAUGCGUCGAAAUCGGCCGUAACUGGACCAACCUGCUAACUUACGCAGAAAUACAAUCAAAAUGUUUGAGCCCACGGAGCAGGGAAAGGAUUUGUGCAUUCAUACGGGAGUUGUACUUAGAGGUGGAAGUACAAGAGAAGAUGAAGUUCACAGUCUAGGAACAUUAAAUGUUGUUGAAUAUAGUUUUGGGAAAUGUAUAGAGUGGAAACCUAUGGAAGAUUCUGUGGUAUCAGAGAACCAAGAUCAAGAUCCAGAAUGGUCUUUAGUAGAUACGCAUACCAGGCGUACUCGAACUUCCUCAGAAGGACCAGAUUCUCUUGGACGUACAAGAAAUGUCAGAAUUUUAUUUUCAGAUUUAAACUCUUUUCGUUUAAAUCAUGGAGGACAACAGCUAAUAUUUAUGCUAAAGGAUGGUACCACCUAUGUUGCCUUCUUUCAGUUGUCUAAUGCUGAAAGUUUUGUGAAUUCUUUAAAAGGUUUCAUUAGAUUUGUAAAGUCUCGAGCAAAUAGAAAUUUAUACAUUGUAGUAGACGAAGUGCAGACUGUAUUAACCAAAUCAUUUGCUGAGCUAGACUUAUUUCAAGAAAAUACUUCUGAUUAUGUUUGGAAAUUUGUGAAGAAUUUACAGAACCGUCCAUAUGAAACAACAUUGGAAGCAUUUAGUAAACUGUCAGAUAUUUGGUUGUACAAAGAGCCAGCUAGACGUCCAGUUGAAGAAGCAGUUGCAGAUAUACUAAAUAAUUCACUGUCAAUUGAUGUUCCUCAUCCACCUGUGUCUAUAGGUUCUGGAGAGGAAUAUGAAGUGAUUGGAGAACAUGGGUUGGGUGUGAUAUUACCUCCACGAUCACCUUGUCCAAGAGGUUCACCACUGUCGCAAGAACAGUGGGACAAAUAUAAGGACUCAGAGGGGAGAAUUUUAAAUCCUCAAGAAGUAAAAGAAGUUAUUUUUCGUGGGGGCGUGGCACCAUCAUUGCGAUUCGAAGUAUGGAAAUUUUUAUUAAAUUAUUACCCAUGGAAUUCUACACACAUUGAAAGAUUGGAACUCAGGAAAAAAAAGACUGAUGAAUAUUUCAUGAUGAAAUUGCAAUGGAGGUCUAUGACAUCUACGCAAGAAAAUAAUUUUUCUGAUUAUCGAGAUCGAAAAAGUUUGAUAGAGAAGGACGUCAAUAGGACAGACAGAACACAUCCCUAUUACAUGGGUGAUAAUAACCCACAUUUAGCACAAUUAUAUGAUAUUCUUAUGACGUAUGUAAUGUACAAUUUUGAUUUGGGGUAUGUUCAAGGUAUGAGUGACCUUCUUAGUCCUAUUUUAUGUUUAAUGGAAAGUGAGGUCGAUGCGUUUUGGAGCUUUGUUGGGUUUAUGGAUAAAGUGUGUACCAAUUUUGAUAUUGACCAAGCUGGAAUGAAAGAUCAAUUGUGCCAAUUGUAUACUCUCUUGAGUACUACAGAUCCGCAAUUAGCACACUACUUAAAUAUGCAGGAUUCAGGAAAUAUGUUUUUCUGCUUCCGUUGGCUUUUAGUAUUAUUUAAAAGAGAAUUCAACGCACUCGAUAUAAUGAAAUUGUGGGAAAUAUUAUGGACUGGCUUACCAUGCAAAAAUUUUCAUCUGCUUUUAUGUCUAGCCAUUUUAGACACAGAAAGAAGCAUGCUUAUGGAAAAUCGUUAUGGGUUCACGGAGAUAUUAAAGCAUAUAAACGAUCUUUCGCUUCAUAUUGAGUUACCUUGGAUGUUAUCUAAAGCAGAAGGUAUUUAUUAUCAAUUAAUGUCAGUAGCGGAUCAAUUACCCGAUAAUGUUCGUACAAUAAUUGGACUUGAACCUUCGAAUAAAACGCCGUCAAAUACUAUUGCGGAAAACGGCGAAGCUUCUGGCCACGAUGUCGAAGCUAUUGGAGAUAAUACUAAUUCCAGGAGAAAUAGUAGAGAAAGUGGUAAUGUUAAGCUUGGGGAUAACGAAGUAUCGUUUGAACGUGGAUUAAAUUUAUCGUACAUGUGAGAUCAGGACAGAUCGUUUAUCAUAAUUUGAGAAAUGUGUGGUGCACCGCAGUCAAUUUUACAAAACUCGUACUUUUAAAAAGCAGCAUAUGAAGUCUACUUUUCGAAGAGAACUUGCGCGUUGUUUAUUGGAACAAUGCUACGAUGCCUUUCUGGCACUCAACGAACUUGGACGUGCGCAAACGACAUUUCAUACAAACUGCAAUUGUAAUUUUACAAAGACAUCUAUACUGUAUACCCACUGAAUUGUUCUAAGCAGAAUAGUAACAUCUAAACGAUACGUCUUGAUCGUUGAACUUGAAAUUUUGUUGUAUAAACGUCAAAUAAUACCUCGAAUUUACGAAGUUACAGCGAGAACUAUUGUUAGUAGCGUUGAAUUUUGAGAUAUUUAUGAAAUUCACUGUAAUUACGAAGAGAUUAUAGACCGCGCAUACUUAGCAAAUAAGAGCGUAGUUUCUUAUAAACAAAUAUUCUUCUUCAUAAUCAUACUUUCGAUGCAUAGUCAAUUUGGAACGAUGCGCAGAAGCAAUUUACAUCAUAUUUUAACUUCAACCAAUGUUAUGUGCUCGUGUCAUUUUCACUUAAGUUCAAAUGUCUUUUCCAGAUUUGUACAAAGCCUCACUUUCAGACAGUACUGUAUAUUUCUAAUAAAAACCACCUGUUUAAUCUCU